GGAGAUAUGGAGAAGAAUAAGUCCGACUAGCUCUGGUUUGAGUCGCGCUGUACAGACUGGCGAGAGUUGUCCGGGAUAAAGGUAGCUGAUGACCGCUAGCAAAGGAUAGCUGACUGCUAGCUAGUAGCUUCGGAAUGUAUUCGAUGGGCCUCGUAAGCUAACAGUCCGUUGUGCUCUAGACAGCGAGCAUUCAGGGGACGUUAGCUGCGAAGGUCGGAAGGUGAGAAGGUUCAGAGCUUGCGGUAGGAAUCCGGAGAUAUGGAGAGGAAUAAGUCCGACUAGCUCUGGUUUGAGUCGCGCUGUACAGACUGGCGAGAGUUGUCCGGGAUAAAGGUAGCUGAUGACCGCUAACAAAGGAUAGCUGACUGCUAGCUAGUAGCUUCGGAAUGUAUUCGAUGGACCUCGUAAGCUAACAGUCUGUUGUGCUCUAGACAGCUAGCACUCAGGGGACAUUAGCUGCAAAGGUCAGAAGGUGAGAAGUUUCAGAGCUUGCGGUAGGAAUCCGGGGAUAUGGAGAGAAAAAUAGGUCCGGUAUGCUCUGGUUGAAUCGCGUUGUACAAACUGGCGAGAGCUUUCCGAGCUAAAGGUUAGCUGAUGACCGUUAGCUGGCUAGUUAGCUGGCUAGCUUAUGUUGGAGAUUCCAGUAAUGGAGGUAGAGAAAAAUACUUUAGAGAAAAAGCAGGUUCACACCACAUUGGGUGAGGCGGGUUGCAGGGGAGUAUUUUGAAGUAAGGGGUUAGAAAAAUAUAAAAAGAUAUGCGAAGAAAAAGAUAUAGAUAUAUAUAUAUAUAUAUACACGGGCCACGACAAGACGAGGACAAAAGACGUAUGACUGCUACGCCAUCUUGGAUUAUAUUCAAUGACUAAUUGUCACUGAAUCAUCGUGACAUAUGGCAUAUAUUAUAUUUGAUAUAUAUUAUUAGACGUUAUUCAGUAUGAGACAGUAGAAGCUCUCAUAAGAUGUGAUCUUUGUCUUUCUCUCUUUGCAUCUGAUCUCUCUCUGCAGUCAGGUUGGUGUAACUGGGCUUAAUCUGUAUAUUGCUUUGGCGGACCUUGUUUUUUUUUGUGACAUUUGUCAAUAAAACUCAUGAAUGCUGAUUAUGUGUUAUUAUAUUCAAGCAAAUCUACCCCCGCCCAUGCAACGGCAUCCUAAAGUAAUUUUCCACUGACCCUCUUUCUCCCUCAAGUCACCCAUCACUAAUUUCUGAAAUAACACAACACAAAAGUGAUGUAAACACAUGUACUACCUAAACAUGUAUUGAAUCAUACACAUCCAAUCUCUGUCACUUUAUUUUGUUUAAUUCAUAUUUUUUCUGUUUUAGUUUCAGUUUGAGUCAUCUGAAAUCCCCUGACUGACUUGAAGGGGGAGGGGUCGGAGCAAGUCAGUUUCUAGUCAGUGAGGUGAUUUCUUGUAAAUCAUGCUCUCUGCUGCAGUUAAAUAAUGAUACUUUACUGAUUAAAUGGGUUGUUUAGACAAAGUAAUCUUAGUCAUAUCACUGACUCAUUGUCACUGACUCACCGUGACAUAUGGCAUAUAUUAUAUUUUAUAUAGAUUAUUAGACAUUAUACAGUAUGUGCCAGUAGAAGCUCUUAUAAGAUAUGAUCUUUGUAUUUCUCACUUUGCAUCUGAUCUCUCUCUGCAGUCUUGUUGGCGUAACUGGUCUUUAGCUGUAUAAAUCAAUUCAUUUUUAUCAAGUUGUUGUCAAUAACACUCAUGAAUGCAACUGUUUAUGUCAAAUAGUUUUGUGUUCUAAUUGUAGCCCUUGUUGCCCUGAAAAGCAAAUAGUAAAAUACUUCAUUGUGAGGCUAAAUAUAAGGGCUGGACAUGCAGAUAAGUGAAAGUCAGAUACUGAUCUCGGGACUGAUAGGGUUAAUCAUGUUCUGAUGCUGUUGCUCUUGGUGUGAGAUUACGCCCCACAUCUCUAUAAAACAUCAGCUGAAUCUCUACUUGUAGACAUAUGACUGCAGGUCCCCAACUCAGCAGGCAGGCAAAGCUCCCAGAAGGCUGUGAUUUUGGGCUCCUGAGUGGCACAGCGGUCUAAGGCUCUGCAUCUCAGUGCAAGAGGCGUCACGCCGUUCCUGGUUCAAAUCCAGGCUGCAUCACAUCCGGCCGUGAUUGGGCGGCGCACAAUUGGCCCAGCGUCGUCCAGGUUUGGCCGGGGUAGGCCGUCAUUACUUUAGAAGACUGCUGCAGCCCGUCCAUCUUUUGGUGGAUUCCCCUCCUGGUGGACUUAAAGUGAUGGAGAAGCCUGAUGAUGAGGGGUCACCAGGUGCAACAGGUGGUGAAGGGGAUGGAAGAGACACCACACCAGUUCACAGCACUGGUACUCCUGAUGGCAUUGCAGCACUAGGAGCUAUGCUACAGGGCUUCAUGUUGGUUCAACAGCAGCAACACCAGUCAAUGCAAACAAUGCAGCAACAGAUGCAGCUGCCGAUCAGCCAGCUACAGGAGGAGGUGCAGAACGGAAAGACAAAGCAACUGUGUGUUGUGACCCCUCUGCCAGCAGCAAACCCAGACACUUUGACAAGACCAGCUCCUCAGUCCCUAGACCCAGCAGAGGAGGUAUUAGCUGAACACCUUGACAAGAAGGAGGAGGAAGCAGAGAGGAAAUCGGAAGAGGUCCAACAGCCUUUGUCCAAAGCCAAUGAUGAGACAAAACCAGAGACAGAUGGCUCCUCAGGAGGAAACAGAGAAACAACCAGAGGCCCAGCCGAGGUGUCAGGUCAACACGUUGUCAAGAAGGAGGAGGCAGAGAGGAAAUGUGAAGCGGAAGAACCAGUGCCAAAAGCCAUAGAUGAGCCGAAACCAGAAGAAGGUUCCUCAAGAGAAAACAUCAAAAUAACCCAAGGAUCCUGUCUCAGGGAGCUGUUGUCAAUGACUGGACUAGAAGAUCAUUAUGAAAACAAGCUGACGUUAAGUACUGCCCUUGAGAUAAAUGCCAAUACUACAUCAGAUGAACCUCUUACCACUAUGCAGUCACUUCCAGGUGCCUUCCUUAAGAAAUUAAUGAUGGCAAAUGUGAAUGCAAGGAGUGUGAAAUGUCUGAACACUGACCAGGAGGUUUCCAAUUAUGGUGUAGACAACCUGUACACUGACACUGAUUCCAGCAAUGUCAUUAAUCCACUGGACCUGAUAACUGCCCUGUUUCUGUGCUCAGACGGUUUCCUGCAGCAGGAGACGGUCCAGAAAAUGUCAAUGUGUCAGUUUGCUGUUCCUCUUCUGCUGCCCAACUGUGACACAAAACAAAGCACUUUGAUGCUGUGGGCCUUGAGGGACAUAGUGAGGAAGUUUAGACUCUCUUCCCAAACGGCCACAAAUGCUUUUGUGGAGGGCAGAAUUGUUGUCUCUGAUAUUCCUAUGGUGUCCUUUGUUAGGCUAGGAGAGAGCAGCUUAUCCAAGUCUCAGAUUUUGAACAAGUUGCUUAGUAACCCUCAACAGUACCAUGACACAUUUGUUCAUCAUAAUAUGGAAUGUGGCGAUGUCCCUCGUCAAAUCUCAGACGGACUGGUUGAAAUCAGCUGGUACUUUCCAUCUGGGAACAGAAACAUGUUCACAGAGCCUGUGGCAGUGGCCAAUCUCAGAGGAGACAUCAAGUCCUUUGAAACACAGUUCUCCUUUCUGUGUCAAACAUCAGCUGCAGUUUACAUUUUCAUUGAUGAUUUUGAGGCAGAUUUCAAAGUUUUGGAAGGCAAAAUCACAAAAGCAGAGUUAUUUCUGGUUGUCAACUCUCAGAAAAAAACAUUCAGUGUGGACACAUUGACGAAAAUGAUCACAAACUGCCAUAUCAACCCAACAAAUGUGAUUGUGAAGAAGAAGCAGAAUGAUGCAGAAUUUGUCAAAACCCUGCAGUCAUCUGUGGGUGACGUCAUGGAAAAAAUAAAAAAUAGAUUGACAAUUGAAAACAUGGUUGAUGUGGCUCAUCAGUUUGGGAUUCUGGUUGAUGAAGACAGUGAUGAGUGUCAGAGUGCCAGGAAGACGGCAGAUGAAAUCACCAGGAACAUCAAAGAUACAAUUCAAUUCAAAGACAAACAGCUACCCUUACAGGGGCAAAUCUGGAAAGAGCUUUCCCAGUUAGAAAAAGAGAGGUGUAGACUGAGAAAUGCAGGGGAUCAAGACAUUGAACACUACAAGAGCUCUCUGAAUAAAAAGGAGGCAGAGCUGAGAAAGAAGCAAAAUAAAUGUGACAUGUCAGAUGCAAUGGCAAGCUUCAUUUACGGAAUGUCAAGAUCAGGACCUGAGCGAUCCUAUUUCCUCAAAUGGAUGCGGAUAAAUCUGGACAAUCUGUCACGCCAGAACCUGUCUGCUUUGCGGGACCGGUACAAAGAUCUUUGCCAAAAUUCUCCUGAGAAAAAAGACGAAAUUAAAGAUUUGGAUAAGCAAUUAUCUGACUGUUCCUUGGGUCUUGAACACUUCCUGCGUGAGUUGGGCCAGUUAUAUGAAGCUGCCUGCUCCCUCCCUGAGGACAGUCCUCAAAGGCAACAGAUGGAGCAUCUCCCUGGAUUGUGUGCUCAGAUGCUGUUGGAUGGUUUCCCCAUUGAGCUUGUGGAUGGAGAUGCAUCAAAUAUCCCUCUGAAAUGGAUAUCAGCUGUUCUGACUCAGCUUCAUACUCUUGUGGAAUCCAACAGCAAGAUCCGGGUGGUCACAGUUUUAGGGGUCCAAAGCACAGGGAAGUCCACGCUCCUCAACACCAUGUUUGGGGUCCAGUUUGCUGUCAGCAGUGGAAGAUGCACCAGAGGGGCCUUCAUGCUACUGAUUAAAGUCAAUAAAGAACUCAAGGAGGAGCUGAAAUGUGACUUCAUCAUGAUCAUUGACACAGAGGGGUUGAAAUCACCAGAGUUGGCUCAACUAGAUGAUAGCCAUGAACAUGACAAUGAACUGGCAACACUGGUGAUAGGACUCAGUGAUGUCACUAUCAUCAACAUCGCCAUGGAGAACUCCACAGAGAUGAAAGACAUUCUGCAGAUUGUUGUUCAUGCUUUUAUCAGGAUGAAGGAAGUGGGGAAGAAGCCAAUAUGUCAUUUUGUACACCAGAAUGUGUCAGACAUGUCUGCUCAUGACAACAACAUGAGGGACAGGAAGAAGUUGUUGGAACAGUUGAAUGAAAUGACCCUGGCAGCAGCCAGAAUGGAGAAGAAGGAGAAUAUCACCAAGUUCACUGAUGUGAUGGAGUAUGAUCCAGACACAAGCAGCUGCUACAUCCCAGGACUCUGGCAUGGGACUCCCCCUAUGGCUCCAGUAAAUGCUGGCUACAGUGAGGCUGUGUACAGCUUCAAGAAGACCUUGAUGAAAGAUUUCAGAAAAUGCCAGAGUAAUGACGACAUGACACAUUUCCUGAAGUGGACACAAAGCUUGUGGGAGUCUGUUAAAUUUGAGAAAUUCAUCUUCAGUUUCAGGAACAGCUUGGUUGCAGAUGCAUACUCCAGAUUAUGCUCUGAGUACAAUGGUUGGGAAUGGACCUUCCAGAAGGAGAUGUAUAAAUGGAUGGUGAGUGCUGAAACUAAAAUGUCCAAUAUUGUCAUGACAGAUCAACAUCCCCAGAGGUCCAUAAGAGAUGUGCUACAAGACUUAGUGAUAGAAGCAUCUGGGAAACUAUCAUUGGAAGAAAAGGAAAUCCAAGACAAUCUAGUAAAAUACUUUGAAAAAGAAGAUGGCCAUGUCAAUCUGGUGGAAAAAUACAAGGAGGACUUUGUGAAUAGUGCUAAAACACUGAGACGAGAGACAGAAAACACAGUUAGGAACAAACUGCAAGGAGCUGUUGAAAUCAAAGAGGGAAUGACAGAACUGAACAACAUCAAGAGCUCUCAGGCAAGUACAAUGGAAAAGAAGGUUCUGACUCUGUUACAGAAUUGUAGAAAGAAAGAAUCUGUUCUAUCAGAUGAGGAACUCAGUGAAGAGUUUGAAAACAUGUGGAAGAAAACUCUUUCUGAUAUACACUUCAAAGGACUCCCAAGAAGAGAUGUGGCUCAAGGUGCCUUCUUUAUGUUAAGUGGAAAUCUAUCAACAAGGGGUGGGCACGUCAAUAAGAUGUUGGUUGGAAACAACCUGGUGGAAUGUGGUAAAAAGAAUUUGUUGUGAAAACUGGGGGUUUAAGGAAGCAAUUUGGGGACUUAGUUAAGCAAUUUGGUUUCAACUAUUUCAGUGAUAAACUACAAGAGUUUUGUGACAACAUCAUAACACAGUGUCAGUUGUUUAUAACACAGAAGGUGGGAAACAAAACAGAUUACCAUGAUACUUACAUCAAAGAGCUGCUGAACAAUAUUGAUGAAACAUUGCAACAAAACAAGAAUGUUAAAAUCAGUGAGGAAUGUGAGGUAACUCUGAAGCUACACAUCUGUGGCAGAGCAGCCAUAGAGUUUCAGAAGAUGCAUGAUGAUUUCAUUGAAGUUAAUGACCCAAGGAAGUGUCUGGAACAGUCUAAGAACAAGUACCUUACUGAGUUUAUAGACUUAUUUCACAACCAAGAUCAGUGCCAGAAGAAAGCUGAGGAGUUCUCAAAGCUCUUACAGCCAGCUGUACAGGACUAUGUGACCAAAAUGAUUGGUCCUGAUGUAGUUGAUGAAAUGAAGACAGGUAAAGGGUCACAGGAUUACAGCACAAAAUGUGCUUUCCAGUUCUCCAUUUUGAAACAACUCCUGACAGAUGGAAAAUAUGAGAAAUAUAAAAGCUACAUAAACCAUUAUGAAAAGUUUGUGAAGGACUGGCUGUUUGACCAGAUUGUCCAACAUCUGUCAAAGAACCGUAGUCUGGAGAAAUUGGAGAAGAAACAUCUUUCAGAGAUAGUCAAGAUGAUCACUGACGCAAUCUCUAACAUCAGGAAAACAACUGGCAUAAAACAUGUAAAUGAUGUCAAGACAUUCAUUCAGAACAUCUGCAGUGCCCUUAAAGAUAAGCUGGUUCUCAAGGAUGCUCUGGAUUCCAUCUUGAUUCUGAACACUGCAGACACAAAACAGUUUGCUGACUACCUCACAGAGUUUGUGAGAGAAAUGGAGCAGUCACUAGCAGUUACGUACGACAAGGGAAGUGAUAUCAAAGAUAGACUCAAAUCUCUGCCAUUCAAGCCACAGGACACGAUGUUCACCAAUCUGUUUGGCUGUGGAGAGCAAUGUCCUUUCUGCGGUGUACCCUGUGAUGCAGGGGGGAAAGGAGCAUGACAAACACUUUUCAUCAAUUCAUCGUCCAAAAGGUCUAAAUAGUGUAAUGUUCAAACCUACAAAGAAGUUAGUAACUAACAUAUGUUCAUCUGAUGUGAAUAGUAAUUUAUUAUUCAUCCACCCCCUGGUGACGGGAGAGGAUGGUCAUCCCUACAAGGACUACCAGAAAUAUUACCCUUACUGGAUCAUACCUGGAGAUUCCAGCAUUAAGGCUUCAGACUACUGGAAGUAUGUGAUGGCCACAUUCAAUGAGAAAAUCGCUAAAGACAGAGACUCAACACUUCCUGCUGAUAUCCCAGAAGACUGGAAGGCAUUAACAACUGAUGAUGCAAUGAAGAGCUUGAAAGAGUCUUUCAACAUGAAAUAAAGUGGAUUACUACUGUAUAUAAUGACUCCUGUUAACCAACAUGUUAACAUAUAACUGAAUAUUAGAAGACUUGACAACCAGAAAUAACUCUCAUGACGUGGAUAUAUCACAGAAUCAAAAUAUAUGGAGGUAGUUGCCCAGACAAGAGUUGUUGAAAUAAUGUGCACAUCCGGAAAUACACAACUGGAUCACAGAAAGUCAUAUUUACAAAUACAUUCAUAAACUAUAUGACCUUUUAGCAAUUUACAGAUCUGGGUUUUCAUCCUAAUGUAAGUUUUAUUGUGAAAAAAUGCAUUUCUUGUUUCAAAUAGAGGUAUUACACAUUCAUUAUACUUUCAAUAAUUUACUUAAUCAAAAAUUAAUACUAAGAAGAUUUAAAACAUGUUUUAUUGGGCCACACCUUAAUAGUGAUUUGUUCAAUGACGUGGCCGGUUCUGAAGGUAUUUCCCAAUGUUCAAAGUCAAUCUUGAUCAAUAUGCCUGGAUGAUGAUUUUCUUGUUGUUGUUGAUGAUGAUGAUUUUCUUGUUGUUGUUGUUGAUGAUGAUGAUGAUGAUUUUCUUGUUGUGUUGAUGAUGAUGAUUUUCUUCUUGUGUUGAUGAUGAUGAUGAUUUUCUUGUUGUGUUGAUGAUGAUGAUUUUCUUCUUGUGUUGAUGAUGAUGAUGAUUUUCUUCUUGUUGAUGAUGAUGAUUUUCUUCCUGUUGUUGAUGAUGAUGAUUUUCUUCCUGUUGUUGAUGAUGAUGAUUUUCUUCCUGUUGUUGAUGAUCAUGAUGAUUUUCUUCCUGUUGUUGAUGAUCAUGAUGAUUUUCUUCCUGUUGUUGAUGAUCAUGAUGAUUUUCUUCCUGUUGUUGAUGAUCAUGAUGAUUUUCUUCCUGUUGUUGAUGAUCAUGAUGAUUUUCUUCCUGUUGUUGAUGAUCAUGAUGAUUUUCUUCUUGUUGAUGAUGAUGAUGAUGAUUUUCUUCUUGUUGAUGAUGAUGAUGAUGAUUUCUUCUUGUUGAUAAUUUUAUUAAAAUCUUGUUGAUGAUGAUUUAUUAAAAUAUUGUUGAUGAUGAUGAUGAUUUUCUUGUUGUUGAUGAUGAUAAUUGCAUUUGUUUUGUUGAUGAUGAUUUUAUUUUUGCUGUUAAUGAUGAUGAUUAAAUGUUUCUAGGUAAUAACCACAAAUAUGGUGAUUAUGAUAAUAAUGUGAGUUUGAACUCUUUAGAGCUGGAGGCAAUGACUUUCAGUUGGACAAAGUUAAUAUUGUUUAUUGUUAUUAUCACUUACAAAUUGUGUUUUUUUCUGCAGUGAACUCAUCGUUUACAGACAUAUUGUGAGAUAAUGCAAAUUAUGAAUACAAAUCAAUCAAUCAAUAAAACAUUAUUUGGUUUAAAAACA